CUGUUGCAACUUUUACUUGUAUUUACGUUUUUCAAUUUUUCCGGAAAACAAAUUAUGAGACUGUAAUGUUGUGAUGUCUCACCCGUUCUGAAAAGCUAGAUUCCCGUCUGACUCCUUCUUUUGUUUUGCUUUAUUGUUCUUCCGUUUUGCAAAACUCCCGAAUACGCACUAGCAAUGCCAGAAGCGUCAUCUCACAAUCAGUUUGCAUUUUAUUUUGUGCAACUUAUCCUUCGGUGUUUUUAAUUUACUAUCUUGAACGGGAAUCUUGGCAGCAUUCCAGUUGAAACUAUCUCGCUUCGCGUCGGAACUGUGCGAUCUCAUCCAGUCAACCUUGGCGGUUCUUGCGCACGGACUACUUUGUGUAAAACGUCCUCUACCUUCGCCACGAUGCAGCGAAAACUCGUAGGUAAAUCUCAAAAAUCGGAGGAAAACCUCGAUAGCUCCAGUUCUGACGAGGCGACGGUUCCGAAUGGACAAGCGGAAGUCAGCCAAGAGGAAGAAAACCAGCAGAAAGAUGACAGCGAGCCCAGAUUCCGAAUCUUUGACAAGCCAAUCCACAGGCCCCGGGAGUCCCUGUUCAGUGUCGCCAGUGGAUAUAACAAUUACAGAGGUUUCCUAAAUUUGUGCAUCGUCUUGUUGAUUCUGUCAAAUGCACGAUUAUUAUUGGAGAACGUAAUGAAAUACGGCAUUCUUGUUGAUCCAAUUCAGUGGAUCACCGUCAUCUUGGCCGAUCCGCAUCGAUGGCCUUGUUUCACCGUUUGUAUGGCGUCCAAUAUUUUUGUAUUGAUCGCGCUCAAGAUAGAGCAAAAACUGUGCCAAGGUGCUGUGAGUGAACGGAUGGGAACCGGCCUGCAGAUUGCUAACCUGUCAUCCGUCUUAAUAUUUCCCGCUGUGGCUGUAUGGUUUCUGCAUUCGUAUCUGCUGGCCGCCUUUACCACAAUGAUCAUCUACUCGUGUCUAUUCAUGAAAUUAACAUCCUACGUCAUGGUUAAUCGAUGGUAUCGAUUGGCCAGGCGGGGGAAGAUCUCCCCGGAGCAUUUCCAGCACCCUUACAGCAACCCACAACAGCUGCGCGAGAAAUGGUCUAACUCUUCCUUUGGUGCUUACGAUGAACCGGAAGUGGCCUACCCGGAUAAUUUGACGGCUCGGAAUAUUUAUUAUUUUUAUGCUGCGCCUACUCUGUGCUAUGAACUGAAUUAUCCACGAACGCCUGGAAUAAGGAAGGUCUACUUGGCUAAAAGAAUUGGCGAAAUUUUGUUGUUGACACAACUGGAAUUAGCACUGGCUCAACAGUGGCUACUUCCAAUCAUGCAGAAUUCUGUGGCACCCCUGCGCGAUUCCGAUUGGUCGAAAAUCAUGGAACGUCUCUUAAAGCUGGCGAUUCCAAAUCAUUGCAUGUGGCUGAUUGGAUUCUAUCUGUUUUUCCACUCGGCAAUGAACGCUAUAGCGGAAGUGAUGCGCUUUGCGGAUAGACAGUUCUAUAAAGAUUGGUGGAACGCGGAAACGGUGCAGGAUUUCUGGCGGAACUGGAACAUGCCGGUCCAUCGGUGGGCCUCGAGGCACAUGUUUGUUCCGCUUCUUGACAACGGUUUUAAGAAGUGGCAAGCGGCAUUGUUCGUGUUUCUGGUGUCAGCAUUUUUUCACGAGUACGUUGUGAGUAUUCCGCUGGGGAUCUUCCGGUUAUGGGCUUUCAUGGGAAUGUUGAUGCAGAUCCCCUUCGCCAUGUUCGUGCAGCGUUUCAUGAAGGGCCCACUAGGUAACAUGGCUGUGUGGAUGUCGUUGAUUGUCGGUCAGCCACUGGCCAUUCUCAUGUACUUCCAUGAUUACUAUAUUCUGGAGACUAAAAGUGGACAUGAUGUGAUAUUGGCCUGAAUGUUUUGUCAAUGCUUCCUCGGCAUGCCGCACAACGGAUUGUUACGUGGAAUAUAUAGUACUACUGCUUUGAAUUUCUAAAAUUUACUGGAAACUCAUGCGGGUCUUCUACGGACGGCUAUGUUUUGGGUGUCGGGUGGGUGUCGUUUUAAGGGGCUGUUUUUACUCGUACCAAACUGUCUCGGUGAUUGACAAAGGAAUUUAUCUGGAUAACUUUGUUUGAAUUUGUAUUCUUAUUUAACGUUUCUAGAAUUAAACGAAUGGUUAAAAAGCAAAACAAAACUAUCGGCAACGUUUCCGUGUCCAGUCAUGACUGUUGUA